AUGACCAGACUGGGAAUGUCUCUGAAGGUUCAAUUGCAAAACGUCCUCUAUGGUGGUUUCAUAGUUGCCAACUUUGAAAAUUUGCAUCCAGAUUUUUGUCUAACACUUGAAGAGUUGAUAUUUUUGAUGGCUAACUUUACGUUAUCAUUUCGAAACUUACAUGCAAAAAUCUGCGAAGAAUAUGAUAUUAAAGAUGCAGUUGUUUGUCGUUUGGAAUCUUUGAAAGAUCUUCCAAACAAUUGCGAAAUGCUUGUGGGAAACUUGAACGUCGGAUCAGGCGACGAAGAACAUGUCUCAAAACUUCAAGAAUCUCCUGUGAUAAAAUUUGUGUCAAAUCCAAGACUCCGACUUACCAGUUUUCUAUCCAUCAAGAACAUAAUAACUCGCGGCAGUCGUGAUGCAAUUCUUCAAGACAACCAUCCAGACAUUUUCAAGACUAAAUCCGGAAAACAAGUGAAAUGUGCAGUGACUGAAUGGAUCGGAAUGAGUGAUGAUACCUAUCCAGUUGACUUAAACUUCAUUGGAGGAGAUUGUGAUGGAUUCUUCCUGGAAAACAACAAAUAUCUAAAUGAUACAAGUAUUAUCAAUAAUCUUUCAACCACCAAUUACGAAGAUUUCAAUGAUUGUGACUUUGAAAUCAUCAAUAAUCCGCCAUUGGAUUUUUGGGAUGCAUGUAACUACAAUAGUCUUCAAAAUUUGAUUAACCUGACAACUUUCGGAAAUCUCUAUAACUGUGAGUCUCAACCAAUCGUUCAAAUUCUAUUCAACAAAAAUUUGACAAACCCCAAAAUCGGAGAUGGAUUUUUUCAUAACAUAUUCACAAGAAGCUUUGAUCAACGAGACGCCAUAAUUCAGGAUAAUCACCCAAACAUUUUUUCUAAUAAUAAUGGGACAUGCAACUUGUUUGGAAUCAUACCAAACGAACGAAUAAUGUAUAGACGAAGUUUGAAUUAUACUGGAGGAGAUUGUGGACAACGAGUGGAAAUCAAAUUCUGCACAGCUAAUCUUGAAAUUUUUGCAAUUAUGGUUUGGUUUUGUGGAUUGGGGUUUAUUCAGGACAUUUGA